UAUGGUGCCGGGACAAGCCUCCUGCUGCAGGUAUUAAACUGUUCCCGGAGAGCCGCUCCGCACAGCCUUACGUGAAAAGCGCCUCCGCUCCGGGGCCCCGAAUUCCACAGGGUUCAGCACACUGGCCAGCCAGGGCAGUGCGGCUCGGGGGUUUAGCUCAGGGCCACAGCACAGGAGAGAGCAUCAGCCGAGCAGCACUCUUCUGGAAGUUUCUCGAACAGCUUUUCAAGUCUUGUCCUUUAGGCAGUACCAAUAAGGUGCUGGUUGGGGUUUCUCGUUCUUUGGAGACGGCUCCUGGCGCUUGCAGAGGACGCAGCCAUGAUGCACCUGAGCUCGGCUGAGGGCUGGCAGCAGGGCUGCGUCGAGGAAGAGGAGGGGUGGGCAGACGAGAGCCACGCGAGUAGCAGCGGUACUGUCAACCUGGAUGACAGCCUGACCAGCCUGCAGUGGCUGCAGGAGUUCUCCAUCAUCAACGCCAACAGCAACCAGGCCUCUUCCUCCUCUGCCCACCUACAGCAUCACCUCUAUGGGCACCAGGGCCUGGUGGGCACCGAGGCGCCAGCCUCCCCACUGGCUGCUGACCCAGCCUCGAUGGGCAUGCCCCACACCCCUGGCAAGCCUACUGCCGCUGCCUUCUGCAGGGCCCCCCAGUCUGCCCUCUUAGGUGCCCAGGGCCACUCACCCGAAGACAUCGACUACAAGACCAACCCCCACGUAAAACCACCCUACUCCUACGCCACACUCAUCUGCAUGGCCAUGCAAGCCAGCAAGAAGAGCAAAAUCACCCUCUCCUGCAUCUACAAGUGGAUCACCGACAACUUCUGCUAUUUCAGGCAUGCUGACCCCACAUGGCAGAACUCCAUCCGGCACAACCUGUCCCUGAACAAGUGCUUCAUCAAGGUCCCUCGUGAGAAGGACGAGCCGGGGAAGGGGGGCUUCUGGAAGAUUGACCCCCAGUACGCCGACCGGCUGCUCAGUGGCGCAUUCAAGAAAAGGAGGAUGCCGCCCGUGCAGAUCAACCCUGCCUUUCAAGCCAGGGUCUCCUCUGGGGCGCCUUCCCCUGUCGCCCACCUGCCCGCUGGGGGAAGCGAGCUGUGCAUCAGUCAGGAGUCCCAGCGCCUUCUCCGAGAGUUUGAGGAGGCCACGGGUGACCAGAACUGGGAUCCCUCUGAGCAUGGGAAGGGCGGACAGAAGAGGAAGCAGCCGCUGCCCAAGAGGAUGGCGAUGAAGGCCCCUCGGCGAUCCAGCUCCCCUCUGCUGUCGGCGGAGGAGCAGAAGGAGCUGGGGUCUCUGAAAGGCGACUUUGACUGGGACGCCAUACUUGACUCGGCCCUGACUGGAGACCUGAGUGACAACCUGGACAGCAUUCCCUCUCUCAGCCCCAUCGUGCAGGACACGGAUCUGACUGUGAGGGGAAAGCACAUCGACCGGCCUCAGGAGUGGGCUCCACUGGACGGCAGCUUGCCCCACGUGCUCUCCGAGACCCAGCAGAGCAGCCUGGACUUCGACGAGGAGACCUUCCUGGCUACUGCCUUCCUCCAGAACCCCUGGGAGGAGGAGGGGGAAGGCCACAGCGGCUUUCUGUCUGGCUCCGCGGUCAACUUGGACCAGCUGUUUGACUUUGGCGACUCUUUUCCAGGUGACCUCAACGACUGCAGCAGGAUAGACUCAUUCCUUUGAAGGCGACUGUUCAGUCACACAUCGUGUGAAAUCAAACCUGUAAUGACAGACAUUUCCUUGUCCUUUCAUUGCGCCUUGAGCUUUCAUUGAAAACACUGCUCAGCCAUACUACAGAUAUUUGGAAAGCUGAAGUUUCUAUUGUUCUUUGAAUGAAGUAUACUAUGUGGUGCUGUCUCUCUAGGAUAAGUGAAUACUAUGGAUGGGUCGAUUGUAAAAACUUAAUCACACCUUUUAAUUAAAACCGUAAAAACCAUGAUCAAUAAAAUUGAGGCCAUGAUAUGAUAAAAGACUUACCGGAGUUUCCAGAUCCCCGAGUUCUUUACUAA